GACACGUCUUCUCCAAAAACCACCUUCGAGUUCCGAUUCCUUCCAUUUCCAUUUCCAUGGCGACACCGGCUUCCUCCACCGCAUUGCAAUCACAAUUCACCUAUUCCGACGCCUCCUACUUCCCCGUCCCCUUCCACCUUCAACAACCCGCAACCACUCACUACGCCGCGCCUCCUAUCGUCGGUCCCCUUCCUCCGCCACCGGUAGUCGCCGCCGCGUACACCGUGCCACAAUAUCCGGCGCACCAGUUGUUUGAGAGGGAUGCGCAGAUAAUAACACCGGAGGCUCUUGAGAGUGUCAAGGCGGCGAUCGCGAGCAGUGAUGUGGAGCACAAGGCUGAUACCAAGAAGAAAGCGGUUCCUCGCAAAGCUGCUGGACAGACAUGGGAGGAUCCUGUUCUUGCAGAGUGGCCUGAAGAUGACUAUCGGCUCUUUUGUGGUGAUCUUGGUAAUGAAGUGAAUGAUGAUGUUCUUUCAAAAGCAUUUUCACGAUUCCCUUCCUUUAACAUCGCCCGGGUUGUCAGAGAUAAGAGGACCGGAAAAACAAAGGGUUAUGGGUUUGUAAGUUUUGCCAAUCCUGCUGACCUUGCAGCUGCUCUCAAAGAAAUGAAUGGUUGGGACCAAAGUAUAUCUGCAUGAUGGGCAAGGAAGCUAUUAGGAGCUACAAUGGAAACAAAAAAAAGGCGGUUAUAGUGUUUAUGUGUUGUAAUUCCAUCACCAUCAUUUCAUCUCAUUAGUCAUGUUAUAAAACAAAGACUGAUAUUAAGUAUAUGUAUAAGAUAUUAGGUUAAAAAUAGGGUUAAAUAAGUUUCUCGUCCCUGAACUUUAGCGAGAAUUUGGUUUCCGUCCCUGAAUUAAAAUUUUGAUGGUUUCCAUCCCUUAACUUAGUAAACCGUUUGAUUUUCGUCCUUUGACCAUUUUGACUGCUAAUGUGGCAUGCCAGCUUGUAGGUGAUUGCUGAUGUGUCGGUGAAUUAACCAGUUUAGCCGGUUUUUAACUUUUUUAAUUACAGGUUGGAAAAUUUACAAAUUUCAAUUUUUUUUUAUUCCACAUCAGAACCUUCAUCUCUCUUCUCCCACUUGACCUUCAACUGAACCUUCAUCUCUUCUCCACUCUCACCCACCUCUUUCUCUCUCAUUCCACCUUCUCCCUCACCCCCAAACCCAAACCGCCACGCUCUCUCUCUCUCUCUCUCUCUCUCUCUCUCUCUCUCUCUCUCUCUCUCUCUCGUUCCAGAUCGCAUCUUUUGGGUUCCUCUCUCGUUCCAGAAGAUGCGCUUCAUACGGCGCUUCAACAACAACAGCAGGAUUCAUUUUCCCCCACCCUGCUCUUGAAUGGCUUGGCAAGAACUGCUUCAGGCAUGGUUAGGUUUGGUAGAUCUCGCGGUUCUUUCUCGUCACAGUUCUUCAAUUCGUUCAACGCAGAGAGGAAUCUCGCCUGACGUGCCGGUGAUUGAGCUUGUGCUGCAGAGUGAGAUGGUGAAGUGGGGGAUUUAUGGGAGGAAUUCGAUGGUGCGGGUGAACAAUGAUGUUAUGUGCUUGGGGUUCUUGGAUGGUGGUGUGAACCAGAGAAAUCCGAUUGUGAUUGGAGUGUAUCAAUUGGAGGAUGUGUUGGUUCAGUUUGAUUUUGAAACUUCCAUGGUUGGAUUUAGUUCUUCUCUUUAGAUGAAGCAAACUAGUUGCUCUAAUUUCAGAUUUGGUUCUGUGCAGACGACAGCCUCAAGCUCUAUUUGAGUGCUUGUGAUGAUGAGGCAUAAAACAUAGAUUUUUGUUCUUAAAUCUUAAUUAAUUAGAUUAUGGUGAACUAGGAACUGUUUAUAUUUAUACUUAUGGUUCUUAAUCAAUCUUGCCAUGUUGGUGGAUUUUUGAAGUGGUUGGGAUGGUGCAGGGUGCCUUGCGUAUAGUGGGGUGUUAAAUUUUUCUGGUUUUAUAUUUGCUAGAUAUGGCUUGAUUACAUAAUUAGUCUCCUUUCUGUAUUAGUUUAUCAGUGUUUGGCACUUAAACUUUUUCUUUAUCUCUCUUGUUCACUUGUGGAUGAAGAUGAUAGAGUAUGAUGAAAUUUUAAUUUUUUGAUUUUAGUCCCUCUAUAUAUUCCAUGUGGAAUAAAAAAAAUUAAAAACCGAUUAAUUGACUGACACGUCAGCAGUCACCUACAAGUUGGCAUGCCACAUUAGCAGACAAAAUGGUCAAAGGACGAAAAUCAAACGGUUUACUAAGUUAAGGGAUGGAAACCAUCAAAAUUUUAAUUCAGGGAUGAAAACCAAAUUCUAGCUAAAGUUCAGGGGCGAAAAACUUAUUUAACCCUUAAAAAUAUGAAAAUCCUAUACAAACAUGUGCAGUAACAAUACAACUCUACAGGGGUAGAAACUCAUAGCUUGUGCAAUCCAAAACCCUAAUGAUGAUGGAAUAUCUUUUCUUUUGUGCAUGGCCAUGAAUGGAAUUAUGGCUUAUCCUUUAUCUGUCAUUGAAUCUUGUCUUUGUAGAUGUAGAAUAUUGUGACAAAUGCAAUGACAUGUAUCCUGAUUACUGACUUUGAUAUCUUCAUUUCAGGUAAAUAUGUUGGAAAUCGGCCAAUAAAACUACGAAAGAGUAAAUGGAAGGAGAGGACAGAUUACGAGGCACUGGAAAAACAGAAG